ACCUCCCAAAUCACCAAAUCAUCUCCACUCAAACAAACACAAUUGUGAAUUAUCUAAUCAAUUUUCUCUCUCCUCCUCCUCCCAUAAAAAAAAAAACCAUCCUCUCAUUUUCUAAUUCUCAUAAUUUUAAAAAAAAAGUGCCACCCAAAUAUAACAAGAACUGGCUAAUAUUACAGCACUGGAGGAUCUAAAAUCAAAGAGCGAAGAAUCCACCAACAAACAGGUGGUACUCGCCCUUUAUGAAGCCUUAGCCUCACGUGACGCUCACGAGGUUUCGAAACUUCUUGCUUCUGAUCUUGAGUGGUGGUUCCAUGGUCCGCCAUCACAUCAGUUUCUCAUGCGUCUUCUUACUGGAAUUACAUCAGACGGUCAAGAUUCAUCCUUCGUUUUUAAGCCUCAAUCUACUGUUGCUUUUGGUUCUCUUGUUAUAGCUGAAGGUUGUGAUCAUAGCCGUUCAAUCUCCUGGGUUCACGCUUGGACGGUUACUGAUGGGAUAAUUACUCAAGUUAAGGAGUACUUGAAUACUUCUGUUACUGUUACCCGUCUUGGAAAUAAUAAUAGUAGUAAUAUUGCGACUGCAUCAUCUGAACAAAAUCAGAUUCGUCAUCAUUAUUGUCAGCCUCUUUGGGAGAGUAGUGUUGCUAAUCGGGGUGGUAAAUCGGUUCCCGGUUUGGUCCUUGCGCUUUGAUUUUAAAGUAAGGUAAAGAUAAUAAAUUAAAUGAAUUCGAGAAAAAAUGUUUUGUUUGGCUGUGUUGAAGAUUGUGUAUUAAGUUUUAAGAGGUGGAUUUACCGUGUUAUCCUUGUUUAAGGUGUGUUUGGUUGUAGUUUGUGGAAAUGUCUUACUCAUUUUAUUAUCCUUGUGUACUUGUUUACUGUUAUGCAAUAAAACUGUGUCGUUUUAAUGA